AUUUUUGUUUACAGGUAUCCCACAGUUAUCAUCUUCUAUAUUCCCAUCAUCUUAUUCUUCUUCUUCUUCUCUCAAGUACUUAUCUCACACUACGUAAAACCAUACUGCAUCCAUGUUCUCAAUCACAGCACACCCUGUUAACUCCAAAACUCUACAUUCCGUCUCUCAACUCUUAUUGUAUUUCACUCUCCUGUGCACGUACACCGCCAUUGCCGACGAUGGCGCGUUCAUGUCCAAGCUGGCCAAAGCCUUGAGUCCCACACCGUCGGGGUGGUCGGGGAGCAGCUUCUGUGACUGGAAGAACGUGAGGUGCACCACCAACCGCGUCACAUCAAUCAACAUCGCUUCGCAGUCGCUCACCGGAACGCUACCUCCGGAUCUCAACUCCCUCUCCCAACUCACCUCGCUCUCUCUCCAGGGCAACGCGCUCGCCGGCGCGUUGCCUUCCCUCGCCAACCUCUCCAUGCUGCAAACCGUGUUCCUCGGGGGCAACAACUUCACCUCCAUUCCCAACGGUUGCUUCCAGGGUCUCACUAGCUUACAGAGCCUUAGCAUGGCAGACAGCGUCAAUCUCGCUCCAUGGACGAUUCCCGCCGAGUUGACUCAGUCCACAAACCUCGUCAAACUCGAUCUCGGAAACACAAACCUCAUUGGUACCUUGCCUGAUGUGUUUGACUCCCUUUUGAGUUUGCAGGAGCUUCGUCUCUCUUUCAACAAUCUCACUGGUGGUUUGCCAAAGACCUUCGCGGGAUCUGGGAUUCAGUAUCUGUGGCUCCACAAUCAGAAAGACGGGUUCGGGUUUUCUGGUACUAUUGAGGUGCUUGCUUCCAUGACCCAUUUGUCUCAGGUGUGGUUUCAGAAGAACCUUUUCACGGGUGCCAUUCCGGAUUUGUCAAAUUGCACCACUUUGUUUGAUCUGCAUCUGAGAGACAAUCAGUUAACCGGUGUGGUUCCACCUUCUCUCAUAUCCCUUUCUAGUUUGCAGAACGUCUCUUUAGACAACAAUAUGCUUCAGGGUCCUUUUCCUUCGUUUGGUAAAGGUGUGAAGGUCACUCUCGAAGGGGUGAAUAGUUUUUGUAGGAAAGACUCUGGACCCUGCGAUUCUCGCGUCACCACUUUGCUUGAUAUUGCCAAAGAUUUCGGCUAUCCCGUUCAGUUGGCGCGUUCCUGGAUCGGGGAUGAUCCUUGUAACGAUUGGAGUUUCGUUGUGUGUGCUGCGGGGAAGAUUGUUACUGUGCAUUUAGCGAAGCAGAAUUUGACGGGAACGAUUUCACCUGCAUUUGCCAAUUUAACUGAUUUGAGAAACCUGUAUCUCAAUGACAAUCAUUUAGGGGGAUCAAUACCGGGAGGCUUGACUAACUUGGCUCAGCUUGAGGUUCUGGAUGUGACUAAUAACAAUCUAUCUGGUGAUGUUCCAAAGUUCCCAACCAAGGUUAAGUUCAGUACUACAGGUAAUCCUCUCCUUGGGCAUUCUGGAGGUGGUGGUGGCAGUGGAACUACUCCAUCAAGCGGUUCUGGUGAUGCACCAAGUGGAAGUCCAAAUGCAAUUUCAAGUGAUUUUUCACUCUCUCCUGCUUGGAUCGCAGGUAUUGUGGUUAUUGCUGUAUUUUUUGUGGCGCUGGUUGUGCUUGUCUUUUUCGUGGGCCAUACCAAAAACUGGUACGGGAGAUUGGGAAAGGUUAAGAAUCUAGAAAAGGAAAAGAAAGUUGUUCCGAGAAUUGAGGAUGAAUUUGUUACCAUGUCAAUUCAAUUUCUUCGACAAGUAACGAAAAAUUUCAGUGAAGAAAACAUUUUGGGUAGAGGGGGAUUUGGAGUGGUUUACAGAGGGGAAUUGGAGGAUGGAAAUAAAAUUGCUGUGAAGAGGAUGAAAUGUGGUUCUUGUAAAGGAACGAAGGAGUUGGAAGCAGAAAUUGUAGUUCUGAGAAAAGUGAGACAUAGGCACUUGGUGGCUUUUUUAGGACAUUGCAUUGAGAACGACGAAAGAGUUUUGGUGUAUGAGUAUAUGCCUCAAGGGACAUUAUCUCAACAUCUGUUCUCUUGGCGUGAAAAUGACAGUACUACUUUGAGUUGGAAACAAAGGGUAACAAUAGCUUUGGACGUAGCACGAGGAGUGGAAUAUUUACAUCGUUUAGCUCAGCAAAGCUUCAUACACAGAGACUUAAAACCCUCAAACAUAUUAUUGGGAGAUGAUAUGAGAGCCAAGGUUGCAGAUUUUGGUUUGGUUAAAAUGAUUGCUCCAGGUGGAAAGGAUUCUGUGUGGACACAAGUGGCGGGAACACUUGGAUAUCUGGAACCUGAAUAUGCAGCUACCGGAAGAGUAACGAGAAAAGUGGACGUCUAUGCAUUUGGAGUAGUUUUGAUGGAACUAAUCAGCGGUAGAAAGGCAUUGGACAAUAGUUUGGACGAAGAGAUGUGGCAUUUGGUUCCUUGGUUUCGUAGGAUUGUAAAUAAUAUGGAAAACAUCUUACAAGUAACUGAUGAAAGUUUGAACCUCGACGAUGAAACAAUGGAAAGUAUAUGUAAAGUGGCUGAGCUAGCAUGUCAUUGCACUGCUCCUGAACCCCAUAAAAGGCCUGAUAUGGGACAUGGAGUGAAUGUCUUGGUUCCUCUGGUGGAACAAUGGAAUCCCAUCUCCACUCAUCAACAAGAAGAAGGUUGUGAUGUAAUAUAUGAAGAAAAUUAUGAUAUGUCUAUCUCGGAAAUCUUCUCAGGCCGAUGAGAUGUCUUUAAUUUUAUAUAUGUCAAUGGAUUUAUGUACUUGUCGGAAAUCCUCUCAAACCGUUGAGAUGUCUUUAAUUUUAUAUAUGUUAAUGGAUUUAUUUAAUUA